AUGAGUGAAGCAGCUGUAAAGAAGUUGCUUGCCAACUUGCUCCUCUUGGCGCCUGUCAAGAAGUUCGAGACAAUAGAUAUUCCUGAAGACAUCCAAUCUGCCUACAAUCCAAUUUUGCACAUAGCCAAAGGUAGAUCUUCAGAGCUCAUUCGUGGUAAUGAGUAUGAUCCAAUAUUAUAUGGAGACACCGCCAAAUUUGGUUCCUUAGCAGAUGUUCAUUUACAAGUGAUAGCCAUUGCUUUUCUCCAGACGUUCAUCCAACUCAAUUUUACCGGACCCAGCGUUGGAUUCACACAGGCAGUGUUAUUUCCAGACGUAGAUGAGCACUUGGUGCAGUUCGAGGCCUUGAAGUUGUUGUCAUUAGAAGGCCAAACUCCGUACGACUUGAGUGUUGAUCCGGUGUUCUUCAUCAUUUCGUGCUUGAUAUUUGAAAGACUCACAAAUGUCAGCGAAAACCAGUCUUUGGUGGGUCUGUCUACCAAUGUUAAUAUUGAAGACUGUAGUGCUUCCACUAAUGCAUUGAAAGAGGCUAACAAAUCCAACCCUAUAAUUGCAAGUGCUUUGUGGUGGAGGUCCAGAGCGUUACAAGUGCAAACAUCUUUGUUUUCGGAACCUUCUAGCACGAUUCCUUCCAUUUGCACGCUACUCAUCACUCCAGACAUCGUAAACACUGUCAUUUCCAGUGAAGACAAUGAACCACAUUUGCAAAAGUACUUACAGAUCAUUUACUACCUCGAAAAUGCCAGGUUGAAUAUUCAUAGUCAAACCGAGUCUCUUGCAAUUCCCUUACUUGGGCAAGUGAGAAAGAUUUCGGACCUUGCAUUAGUGUUGACGGGAGCCAGAGCCAAGAGAACCAAGUAUCAAAAGUUCCAUACGGCGAAUCUCAUUUUACUUGCAAAGAGUCAAUCCACCGACUUCUAUGAACCUGAACACAAUCAGGACGAUGCCCCAGAAAGCCAUGAUUUGAAUUCCGAUCUCUUGUUGGAAAGGCCUCACUUUGAGUCUCUUGAGGACUUGGAAAUGCCAGAUCAGCCUGACACCAAGAGAAUCAAAUUUGACCCUGGUGAGCCUGAACAAGACCACAACGUGGAAAAGUUACUUCCUAUUGCCCCAAAGCAGGAAGAUAUACCCGUAUCAUUGAAGGGUAUAGAUCCAAAUAAUCAACCUCCGUUGAAUGAGUUGGAUAACAUUCAGUUAUUGUUGAGGUUGACUACCAUUAGGCAGACGACCCCUUCUGGAAACUCUCUAGUGGAGGAAGAACUUCUUGCUCUCGUGAGUAGAAUCUUAUACAUGGACUCAAAACAGGUGAACUGGUCGAUUUUCUCCAGGGCCUUAUGGGAAAGAUCUUUGUUAGAGACGGGGAAGGCAAAGACAAUCGAAAGAGGUAUCCUUCAGAUGACUUCUUUAAUCGAGGAAAUUGGUAUCAAGAUUAAGACAAGAAUCAUUCCUCAAGCCCAAGAAGAAGCAUCUUUGGAUGAUUCAAGUCCUGCUGCUUCAAGGUUACGGUUUAUUCACCAGAUGACUUUAAUGCCCCAAUGGUCAAUGGACAUGAAGUUGGCUGAAAAGUACAUGUCUAUCGGGGUGAUAAGGUCUGCCCUUGAAAUAUUUGAACGAUUACAGUUAUCAUGUGAGACAGCACUUUGCUACGCAGCUGUUGAACAAGAACAAGAAGCAAAGAGGAUUUUAUUGGAAAGAAUUAGAUUACACCCAGAAGAUGCCAGAGCCGUUUCUAUCCUUGGGGAUAUCACUCAAGACCCAGAAUUAUGGGAGAAAGCUUGGGAAAUCGGAAAGUACCACAAGGCCAAAGCUUCUCUUUCGCAUUACUACUAUUCUCCUCCUCAACUGACUGGGUUAAGCAAGAAUUUAAAUUUGGCUAUCAUCCACAUGAACCAUGCUUUGCAAGUCAACCCAUUGAGUUACGAAAACUGGUUCUUCUAUGGGUGCUGUGGAUUGGAGAGUGAACAGUAUGAGUUGGCCGCUGAAGCUUUCACCCGGUGCGUUUCCUUGGACGAUGUCAACUCUCAUGCAUGGUCCAAUCUUGCUACAUCCUUAUUGAAACAAGAAAAGACCAGACCUGCCUUCAACGCUCUUAAGAAGGCCGUGAGAGCAGCCAAUGAAACCAAGCGGUCACGGUCUUGGAAGAUCUAUGAGAACUACUUGAUUGUGGCUUUGAAGUUACACGAGUGGAACGACGUGUUGAUUGCAACAAGAGAAUUGGUGGACAUUAAGGGAGGUUCUGAAGGUGAAGGCUCAAUUGAUAUUCCUAUUGUAGAGAAGUUGGUGGAAAUAUUAGUGUCGACAGAAUACCCUACAGAAGAAGAUGGACGGUUGACACAUUUCCAAACUUCUUGUAUUGACUUAAUAUGUAACAUCAUUCCUAAAGUCAUCACCACCUCCUCAAGAUGCUGGAGAAUUGUUGCCCGAGUUGAGUUGUGGAGAAAGAGACCUUGGGCCUCAUUGGACUGCCAUGAGAAAGCCUACAGAGCUGUUACAGGAAACCCUGAUUUAGAGACAAGUGAGCAGGUAUGGAAUGAGGCCGUCGAUGCAUGUGCUGAUUUAACUGCGGCUUAUGAGUCUUUGGGACAAAUGGCAGGUAAACACAAUGCAGGCGAUUUGGUGUGCAAAGACUGGAAGUACAAGGCCAAACAGUCAAUUAGGUCGCUCAUGUCGAAGGGAAAGGAUACCUGGGAGGACUCCGAUGGAUGGUAUAGACUACAAGAUUUGAAAGAAGAGUUUUCUAACUAG